CCGUUCCUGUCUGACUGAUAACUCUGCUGACAAAGCGGUGUGAGCAGAAACCCUAAGUUGUCAGUUCAAACCUCACCUUAGACAGCAUUUUCGAGAUAGGAUGCUCGGAUUUUAACGUCGUACGUAGCAAUUUUUCAGUCAUAUGACAAAGAGGAGUCAUUAGGUGUGUAUACAUAUACUGUGUCCUCUUGUGGCAGAGCGAGUUCAUGCCGCCAUAGUGCUGCCUUCAUGUGGAAAACACCGAACAUUAUACUAACACUGGGACAACCAGUCAGGUUUCCUUGCAAUAACCUCUCAGCGCCAAGCGACACCGCAACGAGUACCAUUUUAAAGAUUUAUCAGUGAUGGAAAUUGUAUCUACUCAAAGUAUUCACUAACGAUGAUUACACUGGUAACGACUGCUACAAAGUCCUUCCGCCUAGCACGGUAAAUACUAGAGCUAACCUUGGAGUUUUUCAUUUACCUAUUGUUACGACUGUAUGCGGAGCAAUGAAUCAUUUUCUAGAGAAAUUCGAAAUUUGUUUUGUGACAUUGGUUGGUUUUCUUAUACCAACCUAAAGGGCAAAGGUCUGACAUUAAGGUUGAACGUACCGCGUGUAUGAUGCAUUUUGGGUGUCACGUUCAUCAGAUUUAAUGAACAGCAAAAUUUAACAUGUUAUCUAAGUAUUUCUUUUUAGACUAUAACAUUCAGAGCACUUAGCAUGACUUAGGAAUGAUGUUCAUACAAAUUUGUCAAAAGGCGAUCGCCUGGGGCUGAAAACAGGCUGCUGAUAAAACAUCCCACGUACAACUAGAGAGGAGGCCAGCAUGAGCUGAAUUCGAACUCACAGCCGCCGUAUUGGUGAGAGACUCACGGGUUAUUGUGCAGCGCUCGGGCGCUAAGUACCUCCGCCACGGAGGCUCCUGAAGAAAUUUGGCCUUGGAGUUUGUUGAACUGGUUGACGGCCUGAAGUGUGAUUAAGAUGCUUUAAACGAGCACUUGGAGUACAACCACAAGAGAGGUGAACUGCACCAACUGAAUGACAUCAUCGAUUCUGAACAGGAAGUGAAGACGAGAUUGACAUCAUGCUUUCCUCGGGGAAAACCAGCUUCUGUUCCGAUCUGAAGGCGCGCGUUCUGCUGGAUUCUCUCGUUAGAUCGGGGUUCUACAUGGUUCCCGUUAUUCUCACCUAUAAUCUAGUAAUACUAGCACAGAUCUCAACAACAGGACAGACGAAGUUUACAAGGCCUGAUAACAACGCGGAGCCUGAGGCGUACAUUACGAAGACCAGCCGGGACAUGUUUUUAUUUCAAGAUGCCAACUUCACUAAGUCUUUGUGGUUUCACCCGCGGAACUGCACUAUGCACAACUACACCCAAACAGACACGAGAACCUGCCUUCAUAGACACGCAACCCAAAUUGGCAGGAGCCAUUUUGUCUUCGCUGGAGAUUCAACCAUGAGGAUUUUUCACCGUGCUUUCAUUUCCCUUGUCGGGGAUUACAAGAAACCAAAACCGAGCACCAAUAGUGGUGCAAAUGACAAAUUAAACUUUACAACCAAAUUCUACUGGAUACCGUUGAUGUUGAGCGGGAUACAAGUAUUGAGGGACGAACUGGGCGAACAUGGAAAAGUGUAUCCUACAUUGAUGGUCUACAGCUGUGGACUGUGGCACAUGAAAAAGACAAAAACACUGGAACAAAUCGAGUACCCUUCAAACUUUUCAGCGAAAUUUUCAAAGGUGCUGCCCUACAUGACAAAGCUAUCACGUAACGCGCCAUUCCUAUGGAUGAAGUAUGAUCCCAUCUGGGACGAAUACAUGACAAAAUGGCCAAGCUUGGUAACGAAGCAGGUUGACACAUACCACGCCGUCAUAGAACAAAAAACGGCAGGGAAAGGAAUUGUCAUUUGGAGGUCCUCGCGGAAAAUAAUUGAGAUGAUUGGCAAGCCAGGCUAUGGUGAACAUGAUGGAAUACACCUUGUUCGUCAGCCACUGUUGCUUAAAUCACAGAUAAUUUUCAACUGGCAUUGCAACCGGUUUCUGGAUUCCAAGGCAGGGCUGUGUUUUGCUGAUCGACCCACCACUCUUGAGCCUCCCGAAAGUUCUCCGGACGUGGCUUUCCCAACAACCUUGGUAAUAAUCGGAUUCUUGACAUUUUUCUGCGUCUUGAUAUGGUCCUAUCGUGUCCACAAAUCAUCACAAACUGACUCUGGUAAAGAGGAAGAAAUCCAAAAUAUACAAAGCUUCUUUGUGUCCGUUGUGAAAUUGUGCAUCAUCAUGGCUUACUUUUACUUGUGCAUGAGGUAA